AUCUCCUCUGCAGUGAUACCACCUACAGUAUGUAAUGUAUCCUUUUAGAUAUGUUUGGGCAUUGAACAAUGGACUACUAUUACAAGCCCAGACGCAAACAUUCUUUUCAGCGAUCCGUGUGGGGAAUGGGUAACUUUAAGAUGUAAAAAUAUUGGUGAUUAAUGGCCAACUGUCACAUGGAACAUGAGGGGAGGGUCUAAAGGCCUCUACAGAGAAAGUGGUUAUAAACAUGAACAUGCCCAGAGAUACAGUUAUCCAGUUAUCUGUGAGUAUGUCUGUUGCUCGUUUUUUGAACAUGACCCCCUGGUAACAUGCCUGACAUGAGCACAUGAUCGAUUUGAGUCAUCUUACAUUUUAAAAUGACUUUAAAGCAUUUGGAAACGGUUAGGGAUCAGCUGAGUGAAGAGUGUCAUGGAAAAGCUAGAAGAAAGCAUAUAUUCAUUGAGCAGAAGAAAAGGAGGGUCUGCACAGAAUGGAGAAAAGCACAUUCCCGGUUGGCGGCACGAAGCAGAAGGAGGAAAGAGAGUCAGCUGUUCAAGGAGUUAACUGCUCUUCUGCCUCUGGACCCGAGUAUGGAUGGCCAGCGUGACAAAGCGUCAGUCAUACGUCUCACAGUCGCUUACCUGCACCUGAGGGAUCUUAUGAACACCUUAGACUCCUGUGCACUGUCCAUGAUGACACAGUCCUCUCCUCCUUCACCAGGAGUAUCUCAUGAGUCUCAUGAGAGGGAGUUGCUAGAUUCUGCCCUCGGAGGGUUUGUGGUUUUGUUGUCUUUGAAUGGCAAGGUCAUCUUCACCACUAAGGGCGUAACCACACACACUGGAAUAAACCAGAUGGAUUUGAUCGGAAGGAGUUUGUUUGAGUUCUUGCAUCCAUGUGAUCAGAUGGAGGUCAAAGACAUUCUCACGAGACUGAUCGUAUUCCGAGGACAGCAAGAAUGUGAAGUGUUCCUCCGAAUUAAAAGUGUGAUGAACCAGAAGCUGACUCCUUGGAAAAUUAUUCAGUGUACUGGAAAGAAAAAGUCAUCUGCCACACCUGGAUCCAGUUGUUUAGUUCUUCAGUGCAGGGUUCUGCCCAUGCAGGAGGUCAGUGAACUGAAUGCAGCGCUGAAUACAAGUACGUUUAUGAGCGUACACAGCCCAGACAUGAAGUUCACCUACUGCCACUCAAGGGUUGUGAAGUUGACUGGCUUUUGUGACACAGAGCUGUUGGGCCAGUCCGUGUACCAGUACUGUCACCCAUCUGACUGCCAGAAAAUCCGCAAGGCACACGUUUACUUGCUUUCCAAGGGUCAGGUGUCGACUGGUAAAUAUCGGCUGCUGCACAGACAUGGUGGCUAUGUGUGGGCAGAGACAGACGCGUCAUUGGUUUGCAACAGUCGUACUGGUGUGCCCGAGAGUGUCGUCUGCAUCAAUUACAUUCUUAGUGGAGUGGAGCAGCCCGAUUUGACAUAUUUGCUGAAGCAGACUGAAAAACUUCUGAAACCACGUGACUCCCUUCUCACAGAAUCCCAGCCUGCCGCUUUUCCACUGCCCACAGCCCAGCUAGACAAAACCAAAUCAGAUGAGCACAAUAGUCCUUCAACAGCUUUAAACCAAAGAGAAAGUGACAUACAGGAAGUUCAUGACUGUACAAAGAUCACACAUAACACAGAAGAUUGCUGCAAUUUCAAUUGUGAUCUGUGCGAGUUAGACUUGGACAGUCUGGCUCCAUACAUUCCAAUGCACGGAGAGGACUUCUUGCUAACUCCCGUUUUAGAGGAGACAGAGGACAGCACCGAACUAAAUAUGUGUAGAUCAUCAUUCAAUAGUCCACAUCAAAAACUGGACCCUCAGUUGCAAAAUUCAGAGGGAACAGUCUUUCUGCCUGAAAAGAGACUUACACAUACCCAACGAAGUGUCAGUCGUUUUUUUCUAAAGAACAGGAACAACGAUACUGACCUGAUAUCAACACAGCAGUGGAAUGAGAGCCUAGAUCUCGUGAACAGAAAUUCAAAGGUUUAUAAUUAUAAGCAGCAUAAUUAUCAGUUCUUCUCUGCUGAAAGUGAGACAUAUCACAGGAACGAGGAUGCGCUGAAAGUUUUACAACAUCCCAACAGAACACGCUGGAGUUUUGAUGGAUCAACACCGAGGCCAUAUGGCGGAGACCCAGAUACACUUGGAAUAAAGUUCAGAUCACUUCCAGAGAAUCCUAAGCACCAUCCUCAGAACAGAAGGCACCGUGCUGAUGUAAAAGCGCUCCCUGAACCUUUGACUCUGCCUGUGUUGAGCGGUUGGGAGUGUGAGGUCAAUGCACCUCUUGACCCAACAUCAUAUUUGCUCCAAGGGAAAGAAAUUAUAGCUGUUCUGGACCAAGUGGCAUCGAGAGUGCCUUGGUGCUGAUAACCAAAACAAAAUACAACACUAACAAUGUGCAUUUGAAUAAAAUUUCUCACUUACAUACA